CAUGGCAGAGGGCAGAGGACGGGGCGGAGGGGCGUGAUGGCAUCGUCGGUGGUGCGGGCCACGGUGCGCGCGGUCAGCAAGAGGAAGAUCCAGGCCACCCGCGCCGCCCUCACCCUGACCCCGUCAGCCGUCCAGAAGAUAAAACAACUUCUUAAAGACCAGCCUGAGCAUGUAGGUGUGAAAGUAGGUGUUCGUACAAGGGGAUGCAAUGGACUUUCUUAUACGCUAGAAUAUACAAAGUCUAAAGGAGACUCUGAUGAAGAAGUAGUUCAAGAUGGGGUUAGAGUGUUUAUUGAGAAGAAAGCACAGCUGACACUUCUAGGAACUGAAAUGGACUAUGUAGAAGAUAAAUUGUCCAGUGAGUUUGUCUUCAAUAAUCCAAACAUUAAAGGAACAUGUGGCUGUGGAGAAAGCUUUAACAUCUGAAAUCUCAGGACUACUUCUUUGACUUUAAACAUCACAGGACACUUGCUUUUUGGCUUUCAGAAGUAGAUCAGUUUUCUUCAGAUCUAGGGUGUGUGAAGUCUGGACACCACUAAGAAAAAUAAAAUUGAGUCGUGUUGAGUAUGUAAAUUGUAUGUUAAAUUGCAGCACUGAUGUAUUUAUGCUGUAACUUGUGAUGAGUUGGAAUCUAUAAGGUAAGAACAGUAAGUGCUAUCGUAAUGUCACUGUGCUUUUACAUGCCAAGGAAAUAAAACACUGCUGUUCUUUUCCUUUGCA